AUGCGUCGCUUUGAGAGAAUUUACGACGUGGUCGAGCCUGUCGAAGAAUAUCGUCGUGGUGGCUACUACCCAGUGUGUCUUCAUGACGUAUUUAAUAACAGAUACGAAGUUAUUGGAAAGUUGGCGUUUGGCCAGUUUUCAACGGUAUGGCUUGCAAGCGACCUAAAACUUCACCGGAUAGUCGCAUUGAAGAUUCUCAAAUCAAAUGCCUCAAAAGACAACAAGGAACUUGAGAUUUACCGCCGCCUGUCUGAUCUUACGGUAGAUCAUCCUGGGAAAAACCACGUUUUACAGCUGUUGGAUCAUUUCAUGCACGAUGGCCCCAAUGGAACUCAUUUGUGCCUUGUGUUUCCUGUCAUGUUGUUCGAUGGCAACUCGAUGACUGUCACUGGGAUACGACAUGGUGUAGAAUAUGUAGAAACCAUUUCUAAGCAGCUAUUACUAGGAUUGGACUUUCUCCAUGGACAAGGAAUUAUUCAUUGCGACCUACAACCCGCGAAUAUCAUGUUCUCAGUUGUCAGUGCUCCUACUGAUGACUUCCUGCAACCGCCCAAAUUCAGUCCCGUCAGGUGGCUCGAAGGGGUGGAAGUGGACGACAGUGUUCCAAGGUAUUUGAUGGCUACCCAGAGACUCCGAGGGAGUUUGGACGAUGCAGACUAUUCCAAGUUGUUGGUUAAGAUUGGAGAUUUGGGCGGGGGUAACAUGCUUCGACAAAAGUUUUUCUAUUGA